UUAAGAUGCAGCACUUUGGUUUCUUCUUCAUAAACACUCCUGUUCAUCUGAUGUGGUUAAAAUUUGUGAAUGAGUUCUUCUGUUCUCUGAGACACUGGACAGGUGUGUCCAGUCAGGAUGCUGAUUGGACAGAUGUUUGUGCUGCUGCUUCUGAUGCUGAAUCCAGGUUCUGCAGGUUCAGCAGGGUGGUCGGUGUCUUUUGAAGACCCCAACCCCUGUGGUCUCAGGGGGUCCUCGGUUCUCCUCGGCUGUUCCUUCCAUUACCCAGAGGAUGAAUGUGUUGAGAUGGUGGAGUGGUCCAAGGGGGGGUUACAUGGCGGGCAGUGGGUUCGCUCUGUCCUCUCCACCCUGACCUCGUACCAGGGGCGGGCUCAGUACGUUGGAGACAAGAAGAACAACUGCAGCCUGGUGAUCCAUGACCUCCAGGAUGUGGACCACGGACACUUCUACUUCAGCUUCCGCACAGACCGGUUUGGACGGAGGAGUAAAGUGUCAGUGUUCCUGUCCGUGUCAGGUCUGACUGCCAGGGUUCGGCCCACCGCGGUCGCCCUUGGAGACACCGUCACCUUCGAGUGUGGAACGUCCUGUGGCCUCUCCAACGUGGUCUGGUUCAAAGAUGGACGUCCAGUGGCCAAGCCACCGUCCCAGGUCCAGGCAAAGGAUGGUGGGAGAUAUUCAUGUGCAGUAGAAGGUCAGGAGUGGGCGCGAUCACAUCCUGUGGAUCUGGACGUUCACUAUCCACCUUUCAAUGUGACGGUUGUGGUGAAUCCAGGUCCUCCAGGUCCUGUGGUCCUUCUGACCCCUGGUAGCUCAGCCCACCUGACCUGCAGUAGCCAUGCCCACCCUCCUGCCCUUAGAUACACCUGGUACAGGAGGACUCUCAGCUCUGGACCAGGACCAGGGCCCGGAGUCCCAGUGGGUUCAGGACCGGUGCUGUCCCUGUCAUCUGUGGACUCGUCCCAUUCUGGACUCUAUGUCUGCCAGGUCUGGAACAAACUGGGGGAAAACAGUUCCACUGAGGUCAUGCUGAUGAUGGAUGAAGCUGACGUUAAUGGUCUUAUUGCUGGAGUUGGAUUGGGAGUCAAAGUGGUUCUGGUGCUGGUUCUGGUUCCAGCAGUGGUUCUCUGGAGGAGAUGGAAAUGUUCUGCAGAGGACGAGGAAAAUGACCAUGAUUAUGAAAACACCAGAGCCAUGUGAACAUGUAAAAGCAGGAGAUGAAAAGAGAAAAUGAAGAUGAGGAAGAUGAUAAAGAUAAGACAGACUGUUCUGGUCCAGCUGUGUCAGGGUUAAACUGAUGGUUUCUAAACUGGACUCAUGCAUCUUCAUCUGUCCGCUCAUCUGUUCAUGGUCAUCAGAUAUGAUCAUAUAUGUAUGUUCAGAGGCUAAGUAGUUGCUGUGGAAACAGUGUCCUCUUCAGUAAAACCCAUGGAGUUGGAUCAGUGACAAUGGAUGGACACACUGG